AUGUUCCGCCGACUCCUCACGCAGAGUCCACGCCGCAGCGCAGCCACCGGCCUCGUCGCCCUCACCGCGCUUUAUGGCGGAGCCGCCCUUGCUCCCUCCUCGUCCGCCACGCUCGACGGCCCCUUCCGUCCCGCCAGGUAUCCUACGUCGCGUUCUUCCACCGUGAGAACUAUUCCGCUGUCGGGUUCAAGGAAGGAGACUUCCAGAGAGAACCGGGAUGAUGGGCCGAGCUCCCCUGGUUGUAUGCAGAGCGACACUAUUGCCAAGGCGGCUGCUGCUGCCUGCCCUGCUUUGGUGCAUGUAUCUGUCGCUCAAGGUCCGUAUGGAUCCGGCACAAUAAUUGAUCCAGAUGGAACGAUCUUAACCAGCGCGAGCUGCGUGGCAGAAUCCCUCAACUCGAGAAAGGUUUCUAAAAGCAAGAUUGGUGUAACUUUACAAGAUGGCCGUGAAUUUGAGGGCACAGUGGUCAUUGCUGAUUUCCUUUCAGACAUCGCCAUUGUGAAGAUACAAUCUGAAACUCCACUGCCAACGGCUAGAAUUGGAUCGUCAUCUAAGAUUCGUCCAGGCGACCAGGUUAUUGCCUUGGGAACCCCACAAGCUCUGCAAAAUACAAUCACAUCAGGCAUUGUAAGCUGCACUGAUCGGGAUAGCAAUGACUUGGGGCUUGGAAGCGUUCGAAGGGAGCAUCUGCCAACAGAUUGUGCAAUUAAUACGGGAAGUCUUGGAGGACCCCUUGUGAACCUUGAUGGCGAGGUUGUGGGUGUCAACACAGCAGAUGGAAUGAGCUUUGCAGUGCCAAUUGAUAUAGUCAUGAAAAGUAUUGAGCAAUUCGAAAAGAAUGAAAGGGUAGUCCGACCACGGCUUGGAAUGAAGGUGCGUGAUCUUAAUAAAAGGAAAAUUGCACAUUUUAAGAAAAAAGAUGCUUCCUUUCCGGACGUAAUCAAAGGUGUGCAAGUACUCGUGGUAAACCCGGGAUCACCAGCUCAUCAUGCUGGAUUUCGGCCAGGUGAUGUGGUCAUCGAGUUUGACAAGAAACCCGUUGGAACCGCUAAAGAGAUCAUAGACAUCAUGGAGGAUCAGGUUGGGAAGACUUUGGAAGUGCUCAUAAAACGAGCAGACAAUACAUCCAUGACGUUGACUGUAAUGCCCAAGGAAGCCAAAACUAUGAUUGACCUACCUCAAGAAAUGUUAGAGGAGUUCUCCACUAAAACUGUCUUAAGGAUGUUCAAGUUCGAUUUCCUCUAUGUUCUUGUUGUCUACCAACUUUUGCCCUUCAAUAUGAUAACUCACAGGAAAAUGUAG